CUAAAAAAGAGAGAGGAGAAAUGGUAGGAUGAGCUGAGCUGUUCUAUUUUACGGACAUGCGAUGCCCUAUGGAUGGUCUAGAUCAUGCGCUUUUACUGACCCGACUCACUCUCUCUGAAAACUAGGAACCCCACUCCCCUCCCGAAACUACCGCCGCCGCCGCUGCCGCCGCGAUCCAGGUCUCCCGCCCCGCCUGAGAUCUCGACCUCUUCACUCCUCGCCGCUACUGCUCGCCCUCCCGCGUAUCCUCGUCUCAGCUCUCAGGUUUUCAGCCUGAUCAAACCGGUGUAACCAGCCGUGCAUGAUUGCAUUGGUUCGGCUCGCCGGAAGAGCAGCUUCGCGGAGCAGGGUCGGCAUAGCGGCGGCGGCGGCACCCCCUCCUGUCGGCUUGUCCGUGCAGCGCCGGAGGGCGUUCCAGGGCGUGAGAAUGGAGACGGGGGGAAGCAAGGGCGGCCGUGGCGCUCUGGUGGUCCUGGAAGGCCUGGACCGGAGCGGGAAAACUUCGCAGUGUGCCCGGCUGCUGUCCUUCCUCAAAGGCAAAGGCUACAAUGCCGAAGGAUGGAGGUUCCCCGAUAGGGCCACCAGUGUGGGGCAGAUGAUCUCUUCCUACCUCGCGAACGAUUCGCAGCUUGAUGACAGGACGAUUCAUCUGCUCUUCAGCGCCAACCGCUGGGAGAAAAGAGCUUUGAUGGAGAGCAAGCUACUUAGUGGAACUACUCUCAUUGUAGACCGCUACUCCUAUUCGGGAGUGGCCUUUUCAGCUGCUAAGGGCCUUGACAUUGAGUGGUGCAAGGCUCCAGAAAAUGGACUUAUUGCUCCAGACCUUGUAAUAUAUCUUGAUGUACAGCCAGAGAAAGCGGCUGAAAGAGGAGGCUAUGGGGGUGAGCGAUAUGAAAAGAUAGAGUUCCAAAAGAAAGUUGCAGAGCAUUACCAUUCACUCCGUGAUUCGACAUGGAAGGUGGUUGAUGGUUUCCUUCCCAUGGAGACUGUUGAAGAAAAACUGAGAGAUUUAGCUACGAGCUGUAUUCAGGACUGCCAAGGGAACCCACUUACCAAUCUGGCCUGGUGAAGUGCCAUUAUGCACAAAGUAAUGGCGGCCACACAUCGUCUUGUGUGAUCAACCAUGGCCGGGAUAGAAUUAGGCAUCCGGAAGCAUUGGCCUUUCCAUUUGCUCUAUCAGUAUCCCUUGUGCAAUAUAUUUAUAAUCUCAAAGUGUGUUUUUUCUUUCCUAAAGUUAGGCCCUGUUUAAAACCUCUAGAGCUAAUUGUUAGCCAACUAAUAAGUUGUUAGCUGGUUUUAGCUGGGUUGAGACAGCUACAACUAAUGACUAUUUGAGAGGUAUAGCUAACAAUUAGUCGGUCUAUUAUCUGAUCUGAUCCGUUUAAAACCUUUCAGUUCAUUUUAGAUGCCAACUAUUAGUUUUAGAGGUUUGGAACAGGACCUUAGUCUGUCUGCCGGUGUACGGAUUUUGUGUAACGUGAAACAUGUGAGAGUGCAAAACACUUAAAUUUCUAUGCUUCAUGUACCUGUGAAUGCUGCUGGGGUGAAGAAACAUUGGAAAAGGAAUGAAAAACAGUAGCACUAGAAAUUUGGGGUUUCCAAGCAAA